AACAGGCAAACAUAUUUUAUCUUUGCAAUGCCAUGUCAACAUCAAGGUGCACUGUGCCCUGUCCUGUAGUUUUUCUUUUUCUGCUUGUCUGCAGUGUGUACGAGGCUGAAGCAGCAGAAUCAAGAUGGCCGAAAGCCCACCAGUCAGCAACACUGCAGAGUGAAAUCAGGCUUGGCUCUGUGCUCAGAUGAUGACUGGGCUUCUAAAUGCCCCUCUGGCUGCAGAAUCGAGGGUUUGAUCUCAAAGAUGGGGAGAGAGGUGGAGAGGAAACUGAGGAAGGUGUGUAAGACGGCAAAGAUGUACGAAGACGCAGCUGAGAAGUCCAUGACGGAGAUGACACAAAUCUACAACGACAACCGGAGAGUCAUAGUCAACAGAUACACGUCCGAGCUUAAGUUUGUGGACCAUGCCGAAGGACUAGCCAGGAACCUCACGUCACUACGGAAACGAUCGUCUUGGCUGUCGCAGCAACUCGGUCAGCUGCGCCACAAUGUCCAGAAACAAAUGGAGGACUUGUAUCAAACAGAGGUGGACAUUGAUAUCAAACUGCGAGCCUGCCAUGGGUCCUGCCAGUUGGCGUUACCUUUCAGCAUAGAUCAUUCCAGCUAUCAGAUGCUUCAAAAUGACAUGGACCAGAUAGACAAGACUCUCAACAAAAGAAAGAAGACCGCUACUCCUCCUAAAAAUAUCCCUACUAUCAAUCUGCAGCAUAUAGAUGUAGGCCCGGCACCGUCUGCAGAGUACAAGACCAUCCCCAUGGUCAAGAGGGAACUGUUGACCCAGUUUGAGGACAUUGGACAGAACCAGGUAGUUCUGGAGAAGCUCCUGGAGGCGUCUGCAGAUAUUGAGGCUCUCGCUCCUACAGAGCUGGAAUGAAACGGUUUGACUGCAGAAGGGCUGACAGUGCAAUGGGAGUAAGUAAUGAAGGAAGAGAAGAAUAGGUGUUUCUUUUUCAUUUCACCAGCACACUGUAACAAUAUUCAAAUAAAUAUGAUAUAUGUUGUUUUA